AAAAAUUUCAAGACUUUUCAUCAACGAAAGAAGAAUAUUUUCCUUUAACCUAAUUAGAAACGUAAACGUAAGUUCAAUGCCCUAUUAUCACUCUUUCUUUGUACAUAGAUAACUAUUUGCUAAAGUAUUUUAGUUCCAUCGAAAAUGUCAUUUCCUUCACUGGGCUUGUUUUUUGGUAGUUUAGUUUUUACUUUGUUUGCUUAUUUUAGCCUAAGUUUAAAUAAUCAAGAUCAAGGUGACCAUUUCACAAAGAUGAACCACAAAGUGUUUGUAUACGGAACACUGAAACGCAACGAGCCCAACCACCACUGGCUUGCGAACCGUGAGAACGGCUACGGCAAGUAUGUAGCGGACGGAGUGACCAAAACCAAGUAUCCGUUGAUCAUUGCAACUCGGUACAACAUUCCGUUCCUGCUGUAUAGCCCUGGAGAUGGGCACAAUGUCCGAGGAGAAAUCUACCAAGUAGAUGAUGACAUGCUUAGCAAGUUGGAUAUUUUGGAAGAUCAUCCUUCGUACUACGUUAGAGAACUAGAUGAUAUCACUGUGGUGGGGAAAGGUGAGGUUCCCGAAGUGAAAGAGAUGAAAUGCUGGGUGUAUUUCCUGAAAAAGUUCAAGCAAGACCUGAUGACGCGGCCUCUUCUGGAGGUGUACUCGUCGAGAGGCGGUCACGGGCUGCCCUACAUGGAAAGAUUAUCGAAAAAGACUAACUCUGAUGAAUUUAUGUCCAUUGUGCGAUGAAAAGAAAAGAAGGAAACUAAAAUACUACUUUUCUUAAAUUAUUGUAUUUUGAAAUAACGGUGUACUUUGUCCUUUUUGUUACGAUAAAUAUGUAAACUUCCAAGUUAAAGCUGCGCAGGGAGGUUAGUAUGUUUCUAAAUCUUUCUUUUUCUUUUUUUACAGCAACAAUGAGUCUACUAUAGAUGAUCUGGAUGAUGUAUUCCCAAAAAAAUAAGACUUGAUUUUAUUUACUUAAAAAAUUUAAUCAUGUUUCUAUAUUUCACUCAUUUAUUGUUCCUUUUAAUUACGUAGUAUGUGUAUGUACCUUAAGAAUAGUAUUAGAUUGUCUCAAAAUACCUAUAACUUUAUUAAAUUGUCAAUUAUUAAUCCUUGUAAUUUGUUAGUUAAAUAUACAACUGAAAAA